CCCAGACAGCAAGACUGACCAUUAGUACUGUUCCUCAAGUUAGUCUCAUCACCUGUCUGUCUGUCUGUCUGUCUGUCUGUCUGGGCUUUUGGCUGCCAUGUUGGCUCGGGCGAUCCUGAAGACGUCGCUGCUGCUGUGGCUGGUGCAGAACAGCUUACAAGGAGGAGUCGGGCGUCCGGCUGGAGUGGGGAGACUGACCCCUGGGCGAGGUGCUGGUCUCGGUGGUGCUGCUGGUCUCGGUGGUGCUGCUGGUCUCAGUGGUGUUGGUCUCGGUGGUGCUGCUGGUCUCGGUGGUGCUGCUGGUCUCGGUGGUGCUGGUGCUGCUGGAAGGCCCGGAGCUGGAGUUCGUGGAUAUGCAGCGAUAGCAAAGCCUGGUCAAGCAGGAGCUGGCCGUUAUUCCGGAGGAUUGGGAUACGCCUCUAGAGCUGGACUGCAGCAAGGAUACGGAGCCCCUCUCGGAGGAUACGGUGCUGGUUUCGGAGCAGGACUGGGAACCGGGAACGGACUGGGAGGACGAGGAUACACCAAUGGCUACAGAUUUCAGUCAGGUUACGGUGCUGGCGGUUAUCCUGCUGCUGGACGUGUAGGUGCUGCAGGAGGAGGUGCACCUACAGGAAGCAGUACUAAACCCUUCAAACCGGGAUACGGUACAGGACUGUCCCCUGCUGGACCGGGGUAUCCAGGCAACGGGCCGUGCUCCAGUUGGUCCGGCGGACAGGGCGCAAAGCCGUCUGAAGCUGGUAAUGGAGGACUGCCCAUUGUACAGAGGCAGAAAGGCAACGGAUUCGGUCCAACACCCGGAGUACCAAAUGGACAAGGUGCUCUGAGUAACGGGUUCGCUCCGAGAGCAGCAGCUGGACGCGGUGGGAAGGGAGUUAAAGGAAAUGGUUAUGGCCCCCGGCCAGUCUCUAAUGGAGUCUCUAACGGAAUCUCAAACGGAGGUUUAGGAGGAGCUGUUCCCGGUGGAAACGGUGCCAAACCCACUAAACAGGGAUACGGAUUCGCUGCCGGUGUGUAUGCUGGAGCAGGACUGACUAACGGCUACAGAGGCGGUUUUGGCCCAGGCACUUACGGUCAGACAGGUCGAGUGGGCAAACAGCCUGGCUUCGGCAAUGUAUAUGGCAUUAACGGAUAUGGCGAUGGUUAUGGAGCUGAGCUCGGCAAUGGCGCAAGGGUGGCUGAUGGAGCCCACGCUGGGUUUGGAGCUGGAGGUUAUGGAGGUGCAGGACUGGGACUGACUGCUGGAAUUGGUGCUGGAAUUGGUGCUGGAAUUGGUGCUGGACUCGGUGCUGGACUCGGUGCUGGACUCAGUGCUGGACUCGGUGCUGGAUAUACCUCUGAGGCUAAGCCUACAAAAUAUGGUGGCGCUGGUCCCGGAUCGGUCAUCGGCACUGCUGCAGGUCAGCCCGUGGUUUCUGCUGGACUCGGCACUGCAGGCCAAGCAGGAGGUUAUGGUGGACAACCAGGUGGCCUGGGAGCUGACGCAGGCCUCGGUAAUGGUGGACUCUUGGAACCUGUUACUGACGGAGGAGCCGGUCAGCUUCCCUACAAUGGAGCACCACUUGUUUCGGCCGGACUGGAGGGUGAUGGAUAUCCCUAUGAAACACAGCAGCUCAGUCUGGGAGGCAAUGGAGGUAAUGGAGGUAAUGGAGGUAAUGGAGGUAAUGGAGGUUAUGGAGCAUCUCUUGGAGCCGGAGGUCAAGGUCCCUACGGAGCUGCAGGAAAAGACGGCAGUAGCAAGUAUGGCGGCGCAGCUGGUUACUACGGCAACGGCAUCAAAGGCUGAUUUCCGGGCCUCUGAGAAGGUGUGACCCAAGUGUGAUGGUGUUUUUUCUUUUUCCCCUUUGUCGUUCAUCGUGUUCUUCCUCAAUGUGCAUGUGUGUGACCUUUGUCAUGUGUUAGUGUUGAUUUGGUGCUUUUUUGUCGUUGUCUCCUGCUGUCUCUGUGUGUGUAUGGAGUGAUUGUGAUCAGUUUUGUGUUUGUGUUUUUUUUGUUUUUAUUUUGGUCAGAAGGUUUGGUCUCAUGUCCUGUUUCUUGUCUCUGUAUCUAAACUAAAACCUCUUGAGCACUA